UAUUUUUAUCUAGAGCUUUCUCCUUUACUGAUUGCCACCAUUCAUCCAUUCUACCUGAUAUAUAAGUCUUAUAUCGUACGUUCAGUUCAUCCUCAUUUUAUAUUCUAUUUAUCUCUAAGUCAAAAAGUUAUGACUUCGUUCCUCUCCCGCCUAUUCCGUCCUCUAUCUACGACCUCUACUCCUGCUUACUCCGUCACCCCACGUAACGCCAUCAUCAUGCCGGACAAAGCACAAAAGGCCACAUUAGCCGCAGGCUGUUUCUGGGGAGUUGAACACUUAUAUCGCAAACAUUUCGGGAAUGGGAAAGGUUUGAUAGAUGCCAAAGUUGGGUAUGCGGGUGGACAUGCAGAUUCGCCGACGUAUCGGGCUGUGUGUACUGGAAAUACAGGCCACGCCGAAGCAUUACAAGUGAUUUUCGACCCCUCCAUUGUGACAUACCGACAACUCAUCGAAUUUUUCUACCGCAUGCACGACCCCACGACCGAGAACAGACAAGGACCAGACGUGGGUACACAAUACCGCAGCGCAAUCUUUACCCACGACGAGGAACAGGCCAAGAUAGCAAAGGAUAUUACAGAUAAAGUCGCGAAGCAGUGGUAUAAACAGCCACUUUCGACGCAGAUUGUGCCUGCGGGACAGUGGUGGGAUGCGGAGGAGUAUCAUCAGCUUUACUUGCAUAAUAAUCCUAGUGGUUAUGAGUGUCCUUCUCACUUUUUGAGGAAUCUUCCUCCUCUUUCGGAUUGACUCCGAUCUAGACUGUAGUGAUGGGAGUAUGAAUAUAUAGCAAUCUACUAUAAGUUGUCUGAUUGUUGUUAAGAAUCUCGCAAUUAGACUUUUCAACUACAUGUGGUGUUGUAAGCAUA